AUGCCCAAUUACGCAAAGUUCAUGAAAGAUCUUUUAUCACGAAAGCGUAAGCUACAAGAAUGUGAGACGGUGACUCUGACAGAGGAAUGCAGUGCCAUUACCCAGAAAAAGUUGCCUCCAAAGCUUAAAGAUCCAGGAAGAUUCAGCAUUCCAUGCAACAUAGGCAAUAUGGAAGUGAAAAAUGUUCUAUGUGAUCUCGGUGCCAGCAUCAACGUGAUGCCACUAUUUAUGAUGAAUAAACUGGGGAUUACUGAAGUAAGGCCAACCAAGACAAUAGUUCAACUGGCUGACCGCUCUACAAAGCAAGCUUAUGGCAUUAUUGAGGACAUACUGGUAAAGGUUGACAAAUUCAUCAUUCCUGUUGAUUUUGUCAUCCUUGAUAUAGAGGAAAAUUCUACUAUUCCUAUGAUCUUCGGAAGACCUUUCUUGGCAACCUCAGGAGCGCUGAUUGAUGUAUCGAAAUGCGAGUUGAUCUUACGGGUAGACGGGGAGCAAGCAAUUUUCAAGUUCUUUGAUAAAGAAGUCCCUUCACCUAUAAUUCAACCAAUUAUUGAGGUGAAAGAAUACACAGUAGAGAUGAAUGCAAACACUACACAGGAUGCUGAUAGAAAUGAUAUUGCACCCACUACUGAAAUUGAUGAGGAUUGA